AUGUCCUACCCAGAUCCCAACCACGACCGAAGACACACCAACGAACCAAUCCCUCUGCAAGAUCUCAAUCGCCCGCCAGAUCAAGCCGACAACCAUGCGCCGCACCACGAGCACAACCGCUCCCUUGGCGACCGCGGCCGCAAUCUGCUCAGGAACUCGGGCGCCAUGGGAUCGGCUCACUUCCGAGACCCUCAGUACGCACCCAUUGCCGACGUCUCGCCCAGUCCCACGCGACAUGCACACCGGCCCCAGAUAAACACCACCCUGGCCUCGGCCCACCAAAUACGCAGAGUCGACGACGACGAUGGCAGCUCGCCCUUGGAUACGGGCGCGUUCCAGGCUGCCAUCGGCUUUGGCAUGAGCAUGGAGUUCCAGGGCGAAACCUCGCCUCCCAUUCCUGCGCCCGCCUCGCCAAUGUCGUAUGUGCCCUUGGACAAUGAGCCAGAUCUCCAUCGAUCAACCUCGGAAGACCAGCACAGCUACUUCUCGCCCACCUACGACGACACGUCUCGCCUCACAGAUCCGCGCAAUCUCCAGCCCAUGAGUGGUUCCGCUGCUCCCACCACCCCAACCCACGACCGGUCGAGUUUUCAGAGUGUGCACUUUCUCAGUCCUGGAGAUGCCGCGUCAGGUGGGCGCCACGGCGGCGACGACAUUGGCCAGGUCGAAGCUGCCACAGGCAACCCGAGAGACUCAAGAGGAAGGAGCCGGUCUCUGUCGCCUGGCCAGUUUGGCUCACCUCUGCAUCGUGCUGGUACCAUCAUGCGGAACAUCUCCCAGCGUGUCAUCAACGUCACCAACGACUCCGAGGUUACGGAGCGCACCAUACGCAGAAAGUCGUCGGUGCACAACUCCCGUCUCCUCGAACCUCCGUCAUUUCCAGCACUAUCGGAAUACGCCACGGAUGGUCCUACCUCGCCGGUACCCUCUACACCGGUAGAGAAACCCCCUUCGCCUAUUGCUUAUCAGCGGAAACCAAGCUGGCAGCGCCCUUCGAACCCCUUGCGCGGAAAGAGUCUAGGCAUCUUCCCUGCCGACAACAAGCUGAGGAUGAAGUUGUGCGACCUCUUGGUGCACCCAGUGACCGAGCCGUUGCUUCUCAUACUCAUCAUCGUCCAAACAGUACUCUUGGCUGUUGAUGCCCGCACAAAGGCACAUUACAAUCCCGAAGCAAGGGACAGGUUUGCUGCGUUUGGAAACAUUGAUUUUGCUCUACUGGGUCUCUUUGUGGUAUACACUCUCGAAGUCAUUGUCCGUAUCAUCGUGUCUGGCUUCAUCAUCAACCCUGUCGAGUACAGCACCAUCAAUCGACAGAUUGGACUUAAGGAGGCUGUCUUGGCCAAAGCAGACCAGAUAUUUACCGGUUUUCAGCGACAACCCUCGCAAAGAAAGAGCGGCGUCAGCCCCAAGCCUGCUCAGGAUCCCCAGCAGCCUUCGGUACUGCGCGCCUUCACUACUGCACAAAUGUACCCAGAUGAGGGCCCCGCCGAUCCACGCCAGCAACAGCGUAUCCGUUUGGCCCACCGCGCCUAUCUCCGACACUCCUUCAAUCGCGCCGACUUUGUCGCCGUCACUUCAUAUUGGAUUGCCUUUAUUCUGGGACUCUGGAACAUCAACAACAGCAGAGUAAUUCUUGUCUUCGAGAUGUUGAGUUGUUUGCGUAUCGUUCGCCUUUUGAAUCUUACUAGCGGUACCUCGGUCAUUCUCCGGAGUUUGAAGAAGGCUGCGCCUCUGCUGGUCAAUGUAGCUUUCUUGAUUUGCUUCUUCUGGCUCCUCUUCUCCAUAGUCGGUGUUCAAAGCUUCAAGUCAAGUCUUAGGAGAACCUGCGUGUGGCAAGACCCACAGGGUAUACAAAACUUUACCAAUUCGGACCAAUUCUGCGGUGGACACUUGCUUGACGAAGAUGGUAUUCAUUCGGCAGGAUACAUACCAGCUCCAGGCAGGCCUAGUGGGCCAGAAGGCGGUAAAGGCUUCCUAUGUCCAAAGGGUUCACUCUGCGUCGAAAGCACCAAUCCGUUUGCCGACACGCAAAGUUUUGACAAUAUCCUCCAGUCGCUCGAACUCGUCUUCGUCAUCAUGUCGUCUAACACCUGGUCUGGUAUAAUGUACACUGUAGCAGACACCGACUACCUCUUCAGCGUCGUUUUCUUUAUUGUUGGCAUCAUCAUCCUGAGUUUGUGGCUGAUUUCAUUGCUAAUCGCGGUCAUUACUUCUUCUUUCCAAAUCAUCCGCGAAGAAAGCAAAACCAGUGCCUUUACUGGAGAAGAGAUCAAAGAAGAGCCGACCGAAGACAGCAACGAGAAGCAACGUGUCAGCUCUCUCAAACGUUUUUACGACAAAACUCGAUUUUUCUGGGUGGCUGUCAUAGCAUUUGGACUAGUUGCCCAGAUGAUGAGAAGCGCCUAUAUGAGCAACUUUCGCAGAUCGUUCAUCGACACAGUAGAACUGGUUGUUACUCUUAUCCUGGUUCUCGAGAUCCUUAUCCGGCUCAUUGUCGAUUGGAGGAAUUUCUUUAAGAGCAAGCAGAACGUCAUAGAUCUCUUCCUUGCCGUCAUCACAGCAAUCAUUCAAUUACCCGCUAUCAAAUCCGCACAUAACGGGAAGGCUUACGCUUGGCUAACAGUCUUCCAAAUCGCCCGCGUCUACCGUGUCGUCUUGGCUAUACCCGUGACGCGGGAUCUCAUUAUGGUUGUGUUUAAAAACGCCAGCGGUCUGCUGAAUCUAAUUCUCUUUGUGUUUCUUCUUACCUUCCUGGCAUCCAUCUUUGCUUCGCAGCUGUUCCGGGGCGAAAUUCCAGAAGAAGAUGAUAACGGAGAUCCGAUUCGAGUAGCCUUCUUUGAUAUCUACAACUCCUUUUUGGGAAUGUACCAGAUCUUUUCCAGCGAAAACUGGACCACAAUCUUGUACAAUGUCACGAAUUACCAAAAACCCUUUGGCAUAGCAUGGAUAGGGGCAUCGUUUUGUAUCCUGUGGUUCAUUUUUGCCAACUUCAUUGUUCUGAACAUGUUUAUUGCUAUCAUUCAGGAAAAUUUUGAUGUCUCUGAAGAUGAAAAGCGUUUGCAGCAAGUCAAGGCAUUCCUCCAGCAAAAGGAGGACGGUCUGACUUCUUCCACUGGCAACCUGUCACUUUCAUCCAUUUUCAAGUUUGGCCAGGCGCGUCGUCGAGACCCUCUCGAUUACGGUCAUGCUGCUACUGAAAUGCUUCUAAAAGAUGCGGUCGUUCGCGACUUUCUUGAUGAAGGUAAUGGGCACCCAAGUCCACCAGAGGCAGAACCUCCUCGACCGGGCCUUCGUCCUGCGAAGACUAUAGUGGGAUCUGGCACCAUGUCCACCAUCUGGCAACGUCUUCUACGGCGUGUUGCCAAUCGCGAGCCGAAUCCUUUCUAUACUCCCCUAGACUUUGGUCGUGCAUACGAGGACCUCGAUCCAAGUAGCAUGGCGAGAGAAGUAGUUUCGGCCACGGAGAGACGCAAAAAGGCUCAGCGCGAGUAUCUACGGAACCACCCCAAUUACAACGUAUCUCUGUUCAUUUUCCGUGUCAACAAUCCAAUACGGAAGUUCUGCCAACGCGUUGUUGGCCCCGGCCGAGGCGGCGAUCGUAUUGAAGGAGUUGCGCCAUCUGUCCCCAUCUGGUAUGCGUUUUCGGCAUUCAUCUAUGCAGCAAUCAUUGCCAUGGUGCUCUUGGCCUGUAUCACAACACCGCUGUAUCAGCGAGAAUAUUUCAUGCGUCACGAGUUCAGUGUCAAGAACUGGUUUGUAUGGGUAGAUAUGGGUUUUGCCAUUCUCUUCAGCGCCGAGGCUCUGAUCAAAGUCAUCGCUGACGGUUUCUUCUGGACGCCAAACGCCUACUUCCGCGGCUCGUGGGGAUUUAUUGAUGGUGUUGUGCUCAUCACCUUAUGGAUCAAUGUUGGCACAUCGUUUUUGAAUGAGGGUCAAGUCACUCGAACUGUCGGCGCCUUCAAAGCUCUCAGAGCCCUUCGUUUGCUCAACAUCAGUGACAGCGCGCGGAACCACUUCCACUCACUUAUUAUUCGUAGCUGGUGGAAGCUCCUUUCGGCUGCCUUUGUCUCCAUGAGUUUGUUGAUUCCAUUUGCCAUCUAUGGUCUAAAUCUAUUCGUCGGCCAGAUGCAGUCCUGUAACGACGGCGAUUUCCCAGCAGGUGCUAACCUCAAGGACUGUGUUGGAGAAUACAACAGCUCGCCGUUCGAAUGGAAUGUCUUGGCCCCUCGCCAAGCCUCGAAUCCCUUUUACGACUUUGACAAUUUUGGAGACUCCCUCUUCAUCCUGUUCCAGAUUGUAUCCCAAGAAGGCUGGACAGACUGCACGUGGACUGCAAUGAGUAUUACUGGAUUUUUCACGCAACCAGAACCCAGAGCGGCCUCAGCCAACUCGAUCUACUUCAUCAUCUUCAACUUGCUCGGCGCCGUCUUCGUCUUGACUCUGUUUGUGUCCGUCUUCAUGCGCAACUACACGGAACAAACGGGAGUUGCCUUCUUGACGACAGAUCAGCGAUCUUGGCUCGAAUUACGGAAGCUUCUCCGUCAAGUUUCCCCCUCGAAGCGUCCAUCGUCAACCAAGCAACGAGAAAGCUGGGAAGAAUGGUGUUAUCGUCGAGCCAUUACCAAGACUGGAUACUGGCAGAGGUUCGUCACUGGGGUGUUGAUAUUGCAUCUCAUGUUGCUCUGCCUGGAAUGGUAUCCAGGCUAUGGCCCUUGGGAAACUGCCCGAGACUACGUCUUUCUUGUCCUUACAAUCGCCUUCAUCGCAAACGUAGUCAUUCGGAUCAUUGGUCUGUCCUGGCACCGCUUCCGGAAGAGCGCCUGGGACAUGUUCUCCAUCUUCUCUGUCACGGGAACCUUUGUGACAUCGAUUCUUGUACUAGCGAGAAAGGACAUUCGUGUCUUCGUCCAGCUCCACAAGCUCUGUCUUGUAUCGAUUGCCCUUUUACUCAUUCCACGGAACAAUUCGCUAGACCAGCUUUUCAAGACGGCGGCGGCUAGUCUUGCAUCAAUUAGCAACCUGCUUGCCACGUGGUUUGUAUUGUUCCUAGUAUACGCUAUUGCUCUCACGCAAACGUUUGGUCUCACUCGAUUUGGGGAAAACGAAACUGGAAACAUCAACUUCCGCACUGUACCCAAGGCGCUCAUUUUCCUGUUUGUCACAAGUGGAGGCGAGGGCUGGAACCAGUUCAUGGAAGACUUUGCAAGCGUUGACAAGCCUUACUGCACGAUAGGAGACCGAUACUUCAAUAGCGACUGUGGCAGUCCCGAGUGGGCACGAGCGUUGUUCAUCAGCUGGAACAUUUUGAGCAUGUACAUCUUCGUCAAUCUGUUCGUUUCAUUGAUCUACGAGAGUUUCUCGUACGUCUACCAGCGGAGUAGUGGACUGUCCGUCAUUAGCCGAGAAGAGAUUCGUCGGUUCAAGCAGGCAUGGGCAGAGUUUGAUCCUAACGGGUCAGGCUACAUCUCAAAGGACGUGUUUCCAAGGCUGCUUGGAGAACUCUCUGGCAUUUUUGAGAUGCGUAUCUAUGAUGGUGAUUUCACCAUUGGUGCGCUCAUUGAGGAGUGCAGUGUGACGAAUCGACGGGAGUCGAAUCUGCCAGUCGCAGGCCGCGAACCGACCAAAGAAAUCGACAUUGACAAGCUGAACCGUCGUUUGGCACAGCUACCCGUGGCAGAAAUCCAGCGCAGACGAAAACGCAUGAACACGUUCUAUGAGGAGGUGCAUGUAUCAAGCGACCCUGAUCGAGGCAUCCAGUUCUCUUCGUUGCUCAUGAUCUUGGCACAUUACAAGGUCAUCAACGACAACAAGAGCUUGAGACUGGAAGAAUUCUUGAGACGUAGGGCUCGCCUGCAGCGAGUGGAAGAAGCAGUCCGCCGUAAUGUUGUUGUUGGCUUCUUCGACACGCUGUACUGGGCGCGACGAUUCCGCCGCGCCAUGGAACUGAAGAAGCAGGGACGCAUGGCAACGGUUCCGCAGUUUACGGUUCCGGAGAUUUUCAUUGAUGACGAAGACAUCACUAAUGCUAAGCGAGGCCCUGCAGUAGAGAGUCCUCUCUUCUCACCUCAAGACCUAUAUGCUCCGUCACCAAGGAACUCUGCUGGGCCUUCGCUCCCGCAUCUGCAAACAGACCAAAACCGAAGUGGAAACAGUUUGGUUCAGCAGUCACCGACUGGGUCACCUACACGAAGGAGCGCACAGCCAACAUCGCCCAUGUCACCAUCCGGAGCGGAUCCCGAGUGGCAGUUUGCGUCUGCGCUUAGCCGGCCACCGAGUCCGCUCGAGGCAGAGCCUGGGCAAGGUGAUAGUCGCAGCCGAGCAAAUAGCGCAGUUAGCGCAGCGGAAGUUUUGGAGGUGCUAGACAACUCUGUAUGGGGAGAAAGUAUCAGGAGAAGUUUUACAACCAAGAGGCGCAGCUAG